AUGGCUGAGGCUUUGCUAGGAAUUGUGAUUGAAAACUUGAGAUCUUUUGUCCAAGAUGAUCUUGCAACCAUUUUGGGUGUUGACCAACAGAUUCAGAAGCUUUCCAGCUAUCUCACUGCAAUCCGCGCUGUCCUCGAAGAUGCUGAGAAAAAGCAAAUCACAAGCAAUGCUGUGAAGGAUUGGCUUCAGAAACUCACAGAUGCAGCAUAUGUGUUGGACGAUAUCUUGGAUGAAUGUUCAAUACACUCAAAAAGUUCAUGCUUAUCUCGUGUCCACCCUAAGGACAUUCUCUUUCGUCGUGAUGUUGGCAAGAGGAUGAAAGACAUCACCCAAAGGUUUCAUGACAUUCAUGAAGAAAGGAGCAUGUUUCAAUUAAGUACUGGUGUCACUGACAAGCAAGGAGAGGAUGUUGAUCAAUGGCGCCAAACUAGCUCUGUCAUUACUGAACCCAUUAUCUAUGGUAGAGACCAAGACAGAGAGCAAAUUGUGGAGUUUCUUUUGGGGCAUGCAAGCAACAGCCAAGAUCUCUCCAUCUAUACCAUAGUUGGUAUGGGUGGACUUGGGAAAACCACACUUGCCAAGCAGGUCUUCAAUGAUGCCCGGGUAAGUAAACAUUUUGACUUGACCAUUUGGGUUUGUGUUUCUAAUAAUUUCAAUAUGAAGACAAUACUGCAAGCCAUCAUAGAAUACACCACUGGACAAAAUCCCAACCUCAAUACUUUAGAAGCAAUGCGGAAAAAGGUUCAAGAAGUGCUGCAGAGCAAGAGGUAUUUACUUGUUCUUGAUGAUGUGUGGAACGAAGACCAAGGGAAAUGGAAGGAGUUGAAGGGGGUGUUGCAGUGUGCAAGGGGAACAAUUUUGGUCACCACUCGGCUUGAGCAAGUUGCAUCCAUCAUGGAAGCGUUCCGUGUUCAUCGUUUGAUAGAAUUAUCCUAUGAUGACAGUUGGUUAUUGUUCAAACAUCAUGCAUUUGGAUAUGACAGAGAAGAGAGUGAAGAGCUUGUUGAAAUUGGCAAAUAUAUAGUGAGGAAAUGCGUUGGUUCACCCCUUGCAAUCAAAACACUGGGAAGCCUCUUGCGUGGUGAAAGUGAAGUACAACAAUGGCAGAACAUAAAGGAAAGUGAGAUUUGGGAUAUAAAGGAGGAAAGUUGUCUCACAAGUGGGGAAAACUCUAUCCUGCGUGCUUUGAAACUGAGCUACGUUAAUUUAGACUUAUCACUAAGGAGAUGUUUUUCCUUUUGUGCUAUUUUUCCUAAAGGUUCUGCUAUUGUCAAAGAAGAACUGAUUCAUCUUUGGAUGGCUAAUGGGUUUAUUAAACCUGAAGGUAAUUUAGAAGUGGAUGAUGUUGGUCAUAAGGUGUGGAAAAAAUUAUACGGUAGAUCAUUUUUUCAAGAAGCAAAGUCUGAUGAGUUUGGUAUCAUUACAAGUUUCAAGAUGCAUGAUUUAUUUCAUGAUCUUGCACAGUUCGUUGUGGGUGAAGAAUGUGUGGUUUAUAAAGUUCACCAUUUAAACUUGUUAGAACGUAAUGAGUCAGAGUCAGUCAAUAAGGCUUCCUUGGAUAGAGUUGAAUCCUUGCGGACUUUUCUUGAUGACUCGUAUUGGUACAAAAAAAAUGUUCCUCUGUUGCCAUUAAACAAUAGUCUCCGAGCAUUAAAGAUAUCUUCUCGUCAAGUGUCACCUGUCAUGGAUUUAACACAUUUGAGGUACUUAAAUCUGCAUGGGAGUUAUGUCAUAUGCUUGCCUAGAUCUAUUUGUAGGCUUGAGAAAUUGCAAAUAUUGAAACUAGAAGAAUGUCACAACCUUCUUAGGUUGCCCAAACACCUGACACAAUUACAAGAUUUAAGACAUAUUGUGAUCAAUAGAUGUGUCUCAUUACUAGUGACACCUCCCAAAAUGGGCAAGUUAAGGCAUCUAAGAACACUAAGUAGUUUCAUUGUGGGUUCAAAGUCAGGAUAUGGGUUGGAAGAGUUACAUGGCUUAAAGUUGGGAGGCAAGCUGCACAUCAAAGGCCUGGAGAAUGUCCCAAGUGAAGGGAAUGCUAAAGAAGCAAAUUUGAUUAGUAAGAGGGAGCUGAAUCGUUUAUACUUGUCGUGGGGUCAUUCAGAAGGUAGUAAUGUUAAUGCUGAGCGAGUACUAGAAGGCCUUGAACCUCCCUCAACUCUCAAAAGUUUUGGGAUGAAUGGAUACAAAGGAAUACAAUUAUCGAGAUGGAUGAGAAACCCUUGGGUUCUGAAAGACUUGGUAAACGUUUUACUGUACAAGUGCGUGAACUGUAAGGAGCUUCCCCCACUUGGUAAGCUAGCACAUUUAAAAAGGCUAUACAUAUAUGGAAUGAAAGAUGUGAAUUACAUAGAUAGUGAAUCAUAUGAUGGCGUGGAGGAGAAGGCCUUUCCAUCGUUAGAGACAUUCGUGAUGGAGGAUUUACCAAAUUUGGAGAGGAUAUUGAGAGAUGAAGAAGUAGAGAUGCUCCCUCGUCUUUGGGAAUUAAGUAUUAAAGGUGUCCCCAAACUUCAAUUCCCAAGUCUUCCAUCUGUUGAGAAAUUUCGUGCCCGUGAGAUUGAGAACGAGGGUUCCUUCAUGGAAGGGGUUGUUGGAAAUUUGCCUUGUCUUAAGUCCCUCAGCAUUGUCUCCUUUAGCAAACUGAAGGUACUACCGGAACAACUUGGCAGGCUUGGUGCACUAGAGGAACUUGUCAUUGAAUAUUGUGAUGAACUGGAGUCUUUUCCGGAACAUGUGUUGCAAGGUCUAACUUGUCUUCGAAGAUUGAGAGUUUAUGGGUGUAAGAAAUUAAAAUGGUUAUGUGAAGGUUUGGGGCAUUUAGCUUGUCUUGAGGAUUUUUGUGUUUUGAACUGUCCAGAGGUGGUGACUCUACCAAGCAACAUGAACCAACUAACUGCUCUUCGGGAAGUGACGAUUAGCGGUACAUUACUAGAAUGCUUUCAAGGUAUCCCCUCCCUGCAACGAUUGUAUUUAAGCGAAUGUAGUUCAUUGCCAGAGUGGGUGGGAGACAUGACUUCUCUUAAGGAAUUACAAAUAUCUGGAAACAGGGAGUUGAGGUCACUGCCAAGUAGCAUUGGAAAGCUCACCAACUUGAGUGUAUUAAUGAUUUACAAUUGCUCGGAGUUGACGUCACUACCAAGUAGCAUUCAAUACCUCACCAACUUGAGUGAAUUAUAUAUUGACUGCUGCCCUCAGCUGGAGAAGCGGUGCAAGAGGGAAACAGGAAAAGAUUGGCAAUAUAUAGCUCAUAUUCCACAUCAAGGAGUGGUUAGCUUCUCUAACAGAGAACCCACAUAUUAUGACAGAAUUCAAUCCUUAUGGACAGCUUGCAACACGACUGGAAUGCGCUCUGCUAUACACUUUUGGCAACAUAAUACUCCAAUAGAUCAAUUUGACAGGAUUGUUGAGUGGGAUUGGUGGUAGUGAAUUCUAUUUAUCAUAAGUAUUCCCGGCAGACUGUAACACGGCCAUGAAAGGUUUUGUCUUUUAGUCCCAAAUUCGGGCUUACAUGGACAAUGGGCAUCCAUCUAUCCUACUGUUACUUCAUGGAUCUAAUCUCAUUUCAUUAGGAUAUCAAUCUAUAAUUCAUCAAAAGUCCAAGUAAUUGAGACAACUUGUGUAAUUGUUUUCUAUUCUAUUUUACGUUUAAGAACAAUCAUGUUACCAAUUUAUUUCUAAUUCCCAUCCGUCAUGUGUUA